AUGGUAUCCGCUUCGAAGUUGCUGCAGGUGUUGGUCCGACGCUUUGAGACUCCCCAACCAGACUUUAUGGUCGGCCACGCGCAUUUCGUAUUGAAGUUCUUGUCCGCUAUUUGUCAAACUAAUAUAAGUCGUGAGGAUAUGCUGAACGUGACGAACAUUAUUACCAACUGCCCCCACGCAUUACCGAUAUUUAAGGGUAAUCAGCGCUUAUGCGAAAGGCUUUUGCUUAGUUGCUUUGCUAGUGUGUCCCGUGUUGAUGCCGAGUUACAGGAUGGCGUUCGACAUGUAAUUUGCACCUUGAGUGUCAAUCCUGAAUUGAAUUCAAACAUCAUGAUGACAAUGGCUCGCAAAACUGUGGCCGCGAAGCGUGUGGAGGGUGCAGUAGCCAAGCAAGUUCUUGACAGAGAUGACGCCAUUUCCAACGAACUGCUUCGCCGUGUUGUUGCUCAGAUGCCCGCUCACGGUGACCUUAUACCCGAUGGAGGUGUUGAAAUUGCCCUUCUUCCCCAGAAAGCUAUGCACAAACGCCGACAAGAGCGCUUCGAGAGACCUGAACUCUUUUUCCUUGUCUCAACUUUACGCUGCAUUGCAACACACCGUCAGAGCCGACUUCGUGAUAGUUUUGUUGAGGCGGGAUGUUCUGCUGUGGGGAUGCAGCACAGAAAUUUACAAUUUCUUCCAGCUGACGUUGUCGAUCCCGUCGUGCGUUGCGUCACAUCGCUUCCUGCAUUUUGCAAUCCUGAAGCACCAAUGCGGCCCGAUGACUGGUAUCUUUUAGCCAGUCUCAUUGCCUGCCCCGACGCGCGGCUCCGGCCAUUGGGGAUUCGACUGUGGGCGCAAAAGGUGUGUUAUUAUGAUCCACUUGAAAUGAAUCUUACGGAAGUAAAUAGCCCGUUUCCCCUCACAAUUGCCGGGUUCCUGGUAUCAAUGCGGGGUGAGUUCAAGGAAGAAGCGAUGAUGUUGUGGUUGGGGGUGGUCACGGAUCCCGCAGCUCUACCGUUGAUAGAUGAAAGAGUUCUGCAACUGCUGUUGUUUGACAUUGCGCAAUAUGCUCAGGUCAACGAUAUGAAUGACGUUAAGCGGGAACAAAUUUUGGUGGCUCAAUUAGCCGUUCUCAAAGCUUUAGAAGAUUCUAUGUCUCCUAUUUACUAUUUGGAUGCUCGCAUGACACUCACCAGGACGACAAAGCUUCUCAAUACCUCCAGUGAUCUGAUCAAAACGCUCAGUUCACUUAAGGAUGUGCUAUCGACCGGUCAGAUUUUGAGGGCUUCUUUCUUACGCAGUGCAACUGAUUUUUUGCGUUACGUUCGACAGACGGCUAAUGUAAACGAACAGUCGUACAUUAGGGUCUUGAUUCUUUUGAUGGGCAAUGUUUUGCAUGCCAUACGUGUCUUGUCAGUUCAGGAGUAUACAUCCGUUUGCAUAGUUGUUUUGGCCACCAUCGUUGGAUUUCUUCGCGACGUUCAGCCGAAAGCCUCCUCUCCGCAGGGAGACGAGUGGUGCGAAUUGUUGAAGGCUCUAGCCACCACUAUAAUGAACGAAAAAUCACUCGUUGAUCCCAACAUAGUCUCUCUUCAACUUCAUAUGAUGGAGUUACUUGAUUUUGCGUCCGACGAGCAUUACAGCACCUCUGUGCGCGAGCGUAUCCUUGCAUCGCUACGCACUGUUUCGACAAAAACUCAAGAGAUAGCACCGACUAGUGCGCAGCACUGCUACGAACUGCUUCUGCGCGCUGUCCAUUUUCACGUCUUGGACGAGGAAUUGCUAUCUGAAGCGGUUGCGGCGCUACGUCAUGCGACGGAUACAACAGUUGCUAUUGAGUGUAUGAAUUGGUCGCAGCGUAGGCAUUUGAUUGAUCGUUGUUCUACAUUGUACCGCGAGAUUGCACCAAUGUUUCCCUCAUCUCGAGGGGCUCGACGUCUUGGCAAGCAAAUGUUAACAGUGGCAACCAUAAUUACGACUGAAAAACAUGCACCACGGACACAGCUGCAACGGCGUUCGUAUGAUGCGCGUCGCCCGGUCCUGGACUCGGGUUCUAUGCAAUUCUGUGCCCAGGCAAUGUGGUCGCUUGCACUGCGGGCAACGCUGUCUCCCAUUCCUCACCUGCCUGUGGAUCGUUACCUUGCCGCGAUGCUGCGCUUCGCGAAAAAGCAUUGGAGACGGGAUGAGGCACCUAGCGGUUACUCUUCCGAAAAAAGUCUAACAGAAGAAGCACAGGUCACUACCAAAACACCAUUGGCAGAGCCGCGUGGUGGGCGCACGCGAGUAUCAUGUGGGGAUGAGAGAUUUUGUAGCGAUAUUGCUAACCUUUUGUUACCGCUGCUCAACCAAGUGCUCUUGCUUUGGUACACGAAUAGAACUGCAUUUCAGGCAAAUCAGAGGCGCCAUAAAGCCGUUGUUUCAACAGCCUGCGACAUAAUCGAGCGGAACAGCGCCUUUCUUUCGCCUCGUGUAUGGUUUGAUACCCAACGUGUGUUAUCCAACCUUCCUAUCGUGCUGCCGAAUCAGUGUACCCCACUUCAUCUGAGCGUACUGAGGCGAUCUUUACAGGAAACACUCCGUAACGUUCGCGCUUGUGGCAACCAAGGAACGUGGCACUUGCCUAGUGAAAAGACUCAAUUGAAGGCCCAGGAAGGUUCUACGGAGGCCAUAUUGGGUGGAAGGAUGAUUGCAGACAUGUUUGGAUGCGCAAAUAUAAUUGAAGACGCUGAUUUGAAGGUGUACCUCAUAUCUCUCGCGUCGGAGCAACUGAAGAUGAUCAGUGACCUUGACGAGAUGGAUGAAAAGGCCUUAACACCGGAGGAGAAAUCGCGUCUUAUGUGUUUGAAUAAAAUUGUGUCUUCCGUGCGACACGGGACGGUCCUCUACUACUAG